GUGAAGGAGAAGGAGGGAGGUGCUACGUCAUGCUUGAUGUUUGGGGGAGUGAGGCGAGGAGGAGGGAGUGGGAGGAUAGGGAGGGCGCACGGCUGUUGAGGAGGAAGUGGGAGGAGAGGGCGACGGGGGGUAUGCGUACUUGGUUUGUUAGGUUGAGGCUGUGUAAGAGGGGGGAUAGGGAUUUGUAAGGGGCUGGAUGGGUUGACUUAGCUGGUAGUGGUGGGGAUUGUAUUUAUAGGGUUUGAUACGGCAUGUAUGGGUUAAUGUGCUUGUUAUCUAGCCAAUUUA